AUGAAAAUCCUCCAUUUGCUACCCCUCAUCCCCCUCAGCACGGCCUAUGUCAUUCCAUCCGAAGAGGUCCUUGAGGACCUAAACAUCAACAAAAUCAGCAAUGAAAAGAUCCAUUUUACACAGAAAGAAAAUAUUCAAAAUGCUCUGGAUGAUACUCUCGAUUCCUUCAGCACGGCUAAGCCCAAAGUUGGCACCGAUUCCCGGAUUGAUUCAUGGAUCAACCGUCUCAAGGACUAUGCCCUGGAUUCCCUGGAGGACGAAGACACCGAUGAACAAGGAUACACAAAGGACGACGAAGACAUCAUUGACAGCAAUCUCCCCUUCCCUCUCCCUCACCUCCCUUUCUCAAAGCACCACCACCACGACGGAAACUCCGACAAGACCAUCUACCAGCUCAUCUCGUCAAGCAAAUACACAACCAAUCUCACCAAAAUAAUUGACGAGGACGAAUCUCUCGUCCACCUCCUCAACAACACAAACCACAAUUUCACCCUCUUCGCGCCCACAGAUCACGCCUUCGCUAAACUCCCGCCGCAUCUCCCCGAGUUGUCCAAGGAGUUUAUCCGUGCUGUGCUGCACUACCAUCUCGCUGCUGGUGUCUAUUCAGCCCUAGACGUCUUCCAUCAUCAAACUUUGCCAACGCUGUUAAAUGAGACCACGUCUGGACACGAGCUCCCACAGAGAGUCACCGUCCGCCCUGGUUUAAAGGGACUCAAGGUUAACUUCUAUGGUCGUUUGGUGGCUGUUGAUAUUGCCGCCUCAAACGGCCUAAUCCACGGCAUCGAUUCAAUCCUCCUCCCGCCCCCACCAGCCCUCUCCCUCUUCACCAUCGUCCCCACCCAAUUCAGCACCUUAACGCUCGGCCUCUUGAAAACCGGCCUCGCCGCCACUCUCGAAGACGCAGAUAAACGCGUCACCAUCUUCGCUCCCUCCAACAGAGCCUUCGAGCAUCUAGGUCUGCACAUCAACGCCUUCCUCUUCUCCCACCACGGCACCAAGUACCUCCGCGCGCUCUUGCAGUACCAUAUUGUCCAAAACAGGACACUCUAUUCGGAUGUGUUCUACGCGCCUGAUGGACAGGUUCGCGAGCUGGGUACUAAGGGCUAUACGCAUCUUGAUUUGCCGACAUUGUUGGGCGAGAAUGGACGGCCCGGGUUGGCAGUUGAUGUUUCGAGGUUUGGGGCGUAUACGUCAAUUAAGUUGAAUGGAUCACGGAAAGUUGCGUUUGCGGAUGCGCUGGCUCGGGAUGGUGUUGUGCAUAUUUUGGAUCAUGUUUUGGUUCCGCCGUGCAAGCAUAAGGGUCAUGUUGCUGGUGAGGAUGAAGGCGAGAAUGAGUUGACUGUUGAGGACUUGAAGGAUCGGUUGAGUGACUGGGUUGUUGAUGACGUUCCCAACGACGUUUGGGACCAUGAUGGUGAGCUUUAA